AUGGACGCAUAUAACACUGCCGGCUCCAACUAUCUGCCCACUGCCUUCUCAAGUCUGACUCCACAAUUCGGCCAUGGAACCGAUAGCAAUAGUAGCGGCUGUUCCCUGGACUCCAUGAGUGGUGGGGAUGCUGGCGUGGCUGGUCCACGCAAACAGAUGCCGCGUCAAAAGAUCAAUGCAAGAGAACGCUGUCGCACCUUUAAUGUAAAUGCGGCUUACGAAGCGCUUAGGAUUUUAAUACCCACGGAACCAGUGAAUCGAAAACUAUCCAAAAUAGAGGUAAUACGUUUGGCCAGCAGCUAUAUAACACAUUUACGCAGCACUUUGAUAAUGGGUACAGAUAAAAGUCCCUGCCUGUUGCAGCAUUCGGGCAAGUGCAAGAGUGAAUAUGGAUUGGCGCGCGUCAGCAUUUGCACAUUUUGCAUGAAACAAAAAUAA